AUGUCUGAGGAAUCAGUCAAAGAAGCUUCUGAAGCUGAAACCUGCUUCAGAGUCUUUAAGCUCCUGAACCAGCUGGAGGGGACACCAGCCGGCCAGCCUGAUGGCUGGAGGCGGGGCAGCAUCCAUGUCCGUCUCUGUCUCGCCACCCACUUCCGUCAGGUCCUGGAGCUCAAUAAGGAGAUGGACAGAUCCAGUGUAAAGGAGGGAGCCUCAAGUUUGGAGACGGGGGCAGCCAAGACCGUCCAAGGUUACUAUUCUGGGGCAGCUGCAUUAGGCAAGCAAAUUUCAUCUGAGAGCGAGAGGUUUGGACAUCAGGAGGGCGGGGCGGGCGGCACUGCUUCCAGAAGACAUGCAAACAUCACGUCCAAGAGCCCUGAGGUGGUGAAACCUAAGGUGCCAAGGCCUGUCCAUCCUCGUUGUCUCUCACCUCGCGCUGCCGUGACUCCGAGCGGAUCAGGGUUUAUUUUUGGACUGAGUCUGUUCCUUCCAUUUGUAGGAAGGGGGGUCGAGUUGGGCUCAACAGGAACCUGCCGCACUCCAGGCUGGGACAAGCAGGCAGCAGCCGUCCGGCCGCCCCCCACACCGCAGCUGCACAGGGAACGCUGUCCGGACUGCUUUAAACACCACCGGAACCUUUUGACCCGUCGGCGUCCUGACGGCGCUCCAAAGCCCCAACCCAGCAGUGCCUUAAAUGGACCAGCCCGGGCUCGGGUGUCAGCUCUGACCCACAGGAGGGGGCACUGGCCUACAGGUCACAGCCUGCCACCAUGAGGGGGUGCUCUUCC